UUCACUUCAGUUCAAUUUACUAUUAUGAUUUUCAAUACAGUGCAUGCUGCAGCGCACAUGCUGCUUGAUGCUUUGUAUCUUGAUCUUCGACGUAGUUUUGUAGGAGCCGGUUUUGCAUCUAACUUUAGUACUUAGUAUCUAGAACAUGUAGAAAGUCGAUUCUUACGGCUAAUUAGAUUAAAGCCUAAGUUUUGGUCUUCGUUUUAUCGUGUGACGUGUGUCAACACAACAAUGCAGAGUCAGACUCGGAGGACCAACUUGCGCAGAGAACUAACUUGCGCUAGUCUUUGUUGAGCUGCCUUGGCCGACCACACCCAGGCUAGGCCCGAGCCCAGCCCAGCCGGGCGUACAGGCGUGUCAAUCUUCUCAAGAGUCAAGUUCUCUUUGUAUGAUUUUAGAUGGUGGGAGAUCGAGAUUCAGAGAGCAUCUCUGGCGUUGGCCUCACCAUGACCAUGGGGCUACCUCCUGUUUCUCACUUGGAACUCACAGCCCUUGCCAAAGAAGUGUCCCAUGAAUACUACACGAAUCUAGGGCUUAACCUGGGUCUGCAUGACCCAAAGCUGAGGAAUAUUCUGAGAGACAAUGGUUCUCAAGAAAGAGCCACUUAUGACAUGUUAUGCUGCUGGUUUGGCGACACGAUAGAAUGUGAGAGAAGACCAAAGCUGGUGGAGGCUCUCAAAGGUAGUCAUCUCCGUCAUCUUGCGGAUAAAAUAGAGCAAGGUGCCUACUGCUCAAGGAUUUUGAACAAUGACAUACAGCAAGAGGCAACCGAAGAGCAGAUUGACCAGUGCAAGAAGGACCUCAUGGAAGAAUAUGCCAUUGCAUGGUGCCAAGUACAGACGAAACCACUGGAUCCAGAUACCUUGCUAGCACUAAAUCUCAUCUACACCAACUUGGUGUUACUUGGUGAAGACCCCAAAUCCAAAUCAAAGCCACUGAACUAUGAAGACAUCCUAAGUAACAAGAUUAAUGAUGUCUUCCUCCGCCGUGUGCUGGUGCAAGGGGAGGCUGGGGUUGGUAAAACAACCUUCCUCUCUAAAAUCAUCAAUGAUUGGAUUGAAGAAACCCACUUUCAGGAGUUCAAGCUGGUCUUGCCGGUUCGCCUCAGGGAAUUGAAGGAUGGGAAGACCAUCGGGGAGAUAAUAAAGCAGAAUUAUUUGCCUGAUAAUGAGGUUACCGCCAUGCAAUUGGAUAACUACAUCAAGAAGAAUCAAGAGAAGGUAUUGAUUCUCCUGGACGGCUAUGAUGAGCUUGCUGAGCUCUGUGCGGAUUCUAUUCUGAAGAUCCUUAAAUGUCUGGAGUACAAGAAGUGCUUCGUCAUCAUCACCUCCAGGCCUUGGAAAGCAAACGAAAUACGGCACGACAUCGAGCUGCGGAAGCGCUAUGCCUUCGUGGAAAUCAAAGGCUUCACAAGAGAGAAUGUGAAAGAGUUUGUCUUCCGGUUCUUUAACAAUGUUGGCGAAGCCCCAGAGUCUGCUGAAAGCCUUGUCAAGUUCAUGGAGAAGGGCAGCCUGAUUGCUGAGAAUAUGUCACCCUAUCCCAUCUUCUGUGCCAUGUUGUGUCAUCUGUGGGAAGAGGAAGACCGGCGGGAGGCAGUUCAAAAGUUAAAAACUUUCUCCCAACUCUUCCAGGAGAUCAUUCAAUUCUUGAAAGACCGCUACUUUGCCAAGCGCUGCAAGAAUUUAAGUCUACGCUCCUGUCAGGAAAAAAAAAUGGAUUUAAAGAGGGAUCUUGAGAAGAAUUUCCUCCAGCUAGCAGAAGUGGCAUUCAGGGGACUUAUGAAGAAUGAUAUGGUGUUUCCUGAAGAUACAUUCAGUCAGCAAGUUCUUCAAUGUGGAUAUGAUGUUGGCCUCCUUUCGAAUGAUAGAAAGUGCCUUGGUAAAUCAGAGAGGAAGAGGCCAUGUUUGAUGGGGAAUGUGUUCUUUCCCCAUAAACUUUUUCAGGAAUUCUUAGCGGGUCUGCACCUGGCAGAGCAAGAAAAGACAAAUCCCCUAGAGUACAAGGAUCUGCUCAAUACAAUCCUCAGCAAGAAUAGGGAUGAGAUGAAAUUCCUGCUAUUCUUUGCUGCUGCCCAGGAGAAGAAGGUAGCCCUUGAUAUCACAUCAGGCCUGGUCAACAAACUUGAACAGUCGUCUGUGCGAUCUACUGUAUGUGUGGAUAAAACACCUCACAAGCUAAUAGUCGAUGUGGUCUUUGAGAGUUUUAGUGAAGAUGUUGCCAAGGUUGUGGAGACUAGGUUCCCAUCUCUCUCACGGGUUAAAGAACUCAAGGUUGAUGAUGCCAUGUCUGCUCACACUGUUGCAGGGUACUUUUUCACAUUUAAGAAUCUUAGAAGUGCUGUUUUCUUGGAACGACGCUAUGGCUACACUCUUUCCAGCGACCUUGCAGACAAGGUAUGUACACUCACCAGUCUUCAGAAAGUUCACCUUGACAAAGCAUCAUUCCAUGAAGUCUUUUAUGAGAUCUUUGCAGCGGAGGCAAAAAACUCUCAGGUCAAGUCUUUCACUCUCAAAGGCAUGCCAAUAAAGUGUCCAUCAUCAUCAUCCCAUCUAGCCAAGGGUUUGUGUGACAUGCCCCUCUUAGAAUCCUUGAUGCUCCACCAUGUGACAUUUGAAGCAGAAUUCUACUCCACGUUGAUGAAGCUAGCCCAUCGUGCUAAGAUCAGUGAGCUUCAUCUGGCUGACUUGAACCUUGAAUCAGAAGCUGUCACUUCAGGGAAUCUUGCUAAAGCAGUUUGCUCAAUGCCAAGCCUGAAGAAACUCAUCCUAUCCGAAUGGACUGUUCUUCAUGAUAAAUUCUAUACCAACCUUGCUGCCAAAGCUUCAUCUACCCAGAUUGAGGUCGUCAUGCUAUCUGACUUGGAGCUCACAGAGAAGCCAUCUCAUGACCUUGCAAUCUGUUUGAAUACCAUGCCUUGUCUCAACAGUCUGGCCGUUGUCAAGGGAACAGAACUUCAUCCCAGGUUCUUUUCAAUUUGUUCCACUCUUUCUCAAGAGAAUGGCCAGGAUGAAAACCAGUCGAUGAGGCAUCAGAAAGGCUUCAUCCUCACGCUUGAUGACAAGACCAUCAAUUCUUGGUGCAAGCAUAAACCUGUUCCCUUCCAACCAAGACUUGCAUCCUUUGUAUAUCAUUGCAGCAAGACCGUUGAUGCAAAGAUCUUGCAGAAGGCAUCUUUACCGGAGCUUUUAGAGCUUGAAGUACAGGCUGCGUUGCCUAACCGUGAUCCUGAACUGCAGGAUGUUGAUGGCUUCAGCGAGGCAGUGACGUCAUCAUUCCCUGGUCUGCAGCGACUUGUCCUCACCCAUAUCUCCUUGGGAAACCAUAGGUCCAUGGUGAUCAUCAAACAGCUGAAGGGUCAUCCAAGUCUCCAGAGCAUCAGGUUCAUCAAGUGCCACACUGACAAUGGGAUGGAUACACUUUGCCAGCCAGGGGGGAAGAUAUCAGUUUCUAUGGAGCAUGGUGUGCGAGAAAAGAUGUAGUCUAUAGGAUGUCGGAUACCUCAAGUAUUAUGGAGCUGUCUUUCAUGGUUCCUGUGUUGGUGAUGGACUCUACAGAUUUCAUCGAUAUAAACAGUACUUCAUGUUGAUAUCCUUUAAUGGUUGUACUCUAUGGGGUGACAUGAGAGAAAGCUAUAGCCCAUUCAUUUUAACACCUGAAGUAGUCUCAUG